AUGGCAGGCGAUUCCCCAUUGCCUGAUGUGCAUCUUUCUGUUAGGUCCAUCAGCUUACCCUCAAGGGUCCAUACCACUUGUGUUAAACUAGAAGCUGCUUUAAACCAUCUACAGGCCUGGAAAACAUCCUCCGUUUUGACGACCACGAGUUUUUCCGGAGAAUCCAUUCGGAUCGGACUCGUCGACCUUGCGGAUUUGUAUAACUGUGUCCGGGAAAUCAUUAGCUCUCCGAAAACACAAAGUACACUCGUUCAGAAUGGGAAACUUUUAGAGGAGGCAUUGGAUGAGUCUGUCACGUUUUUGGAUACUUGUGGCAGAGGUAGGGAUCUAUUGUUGGCGAUGAAACAACAUGUUCAAACCCUGCAAUCGGCUCUACGGCGAAGGCAUGGCGAUUCGAGUAUCGAAACUCAAGUUGCAGCAUACAUCAACUUCAGGAAAACGGCGAAAAAGGAAGUAGCCAAAUGCCUUGGAGCAUUGAAGAAAUUGGAGCGUAAAUUUGGUUCCUCUUCGACACCCUUGGAUGUAGAUCAACAUUUGUUAAUGGUGACCAAAGUCCUAAGAGAAGCAAGUUCCAUUACCAUCUCUGUUUUUCAAUCUCUUCUGCUCUUCUUCUCAGUGCCCUCAAGGGUUGGAGGAUGGUCCAAGAUUACAAAGUUGAUUCCCUCACGAUUAGUUUCAAACGAAAGAGAAGUGAAGGUGAUGAAUGAAGUUGGGAGUGUUGAUUUGCUUUUCACUCCAUCAAUGGACCCUUAA